AUGGACGACGGAGGUACGUCACCUUUGAUCAUGGAGGGCGACGUGAUCCGGGGCAUGCCGCCCGUGCCUGCGACGCCCAUCACGCAGCUUGCGCAGGGCUUACUGGGCAUUAUGCUGGCAUUGCUGCGCAUGGCGCGAUGGGCCCUGCAUUUCCUGUCGAUCACGGUGCCGAGUGCUGUGUACCGCAUCUUGCACUAUAGCAUGACGGUCAAGGUGACAUUUCCCGUGCUGGUGCUAUGGUGCGUGUGCGUGACGUCGCUCGUCAUUCUAUGGCUGCGCUAUCGCCAUUGGAAUCGGUAUGAAUAUGUCCGCGAGGCGCCGAUCCGCAAGAUUCAUCCGGCCGACCUGCCGUCGGAGGAGGCGCCUGAGACGCAUGACUAUGACGACCGUGCAUCGUUCAACUCCUACCUUGACGAGUUUCUGCAAGCGAUCCGUGUGUUUGGCUUCCUUGAGCGACCUGUGUUUCAUGAACUCACGCGUUACCUCCAGACCCGCCGCCUGUUGGCCGGCGACGAGAUCGAGCUCAGUGCAGAAACGUCCUUCUACAUCGUCAUUGAGGGACACGUCCAGGUCUUUGCGCACAUUCCCCACUCAGAUGCUGUGCCUGAAUACCAACUCGUGAACGAGGUCCGGCGCGGCGGCACGCUCAGCUCGCUCUUCACGAUCCUGCGGCUCUUUACCGAGCAUGUCGAGCAGGACGAUACCGAUGUGCCGCCCCUCUCCAGCUGCCACGCUGACACGGGCGAAGUGCUGGGGGCUCCGAGCGAGUCGCGCCCAUUCUCGCAGUCGGGCACACGCGCUCGUGCUACCCAAGAUACCACGCUGGCCGCGAUCCCCGCUGAGGGAUUCCGGCACCUCACGGCCAAGUAUCCCAGCGCUGCGUCCCACAUUGUGCAGGUCAUUCUGACGCGUCUUUCGCGCGUCACGUUCCUCACAGCGCACCAGUACCUUGGCCUCACGUACUAUGUCAUGCAGACGGAGCGCGCGAUCAAUGAGUCGGCCCGCACGUUUCUUCCGGACAAGUACUAUGAGCCUGCGGCGCUUGAGCAGCUGUGCCGCCGCUUUUACCCGCUUUCGCGCCCGAGCGUGGCGGAUCUGCGUCCACGCGCAUCUGCGCCGCACCUCGAGUGGCCCUUGCCGCAUGUGUACCAAGCCGUCGGGCCUGGCGAUCUGCACAGCAUGGUCGGUGUGCUGGACGAGCCCCUCGUCUCUGAUGUGCCUGUGCGCUACACGUCCGACGAGUCGCUUACGGGCCACAUUCCACGCGACGCGCUUGACCUGCGUGACGAGGUCAUGCAUUGCAUCGUCCAGAGCGUCGGCCUCACUGAGGCCAUUAUACCUGAUGUGCCCGUGCCACUCGCGAGUCCCUUUCUCUCGUCGCAGCGCGGACCUCUGGCUGCGUACACGAAUCUCUCGCGCCUCGAUGUGCCGACGCUGUCGUCUAGCGCGCCGCCUGUCGCGGACGACGCGAGCGCAACGUCUGCGCUGCCGGCCGAGGAAAGCGGCGUGGAGCUGCGUCUGUUCCAUGCGGGCAGUGUCCUCGCUCGGGCGGGCCAGACGGAUGCCGGGCUGUUUUACGUGAUUGACGGCGUGCUGGACAUGCGUAUCGCGCAGACGGAGGAGCAUGCCGCCCAGUGCCUGUUUUCCGUGGAGCGCGGCGGCAUUGCCGGCUACCUCUCGAGCCUGCUGGGCGUGCCGAGCUUUGUGGAUAUCGUCGCGCGCACCGAUACCUAUGUGGGUCUGCUGCCAGUCAAGGCGCUCGAACGGUGGGUCGAGCGCCGGCCGAAUGCGCUGUUCACGCUGUCGAAGCGCCUGCUCAGUCUGCUGCCGCCGCUGAUCCUGCACAUUGAUGCGUCGCUGGACUGGGUGCAUGUAGGCGCUGGCCAAGUGCUGUACCGUGAGGGCGAUGUCGGCGACAGUCUGUACGUCGUGAUUAGCGGCCGGCUUCGUGCGCUGCAGGAGCAGGGCGGGGCAGCUCGCGAGGUUGUCGGCGAGUACAGCCAGGGCGACAGCGUGGGCGAAGUCGAGGUCAUCACAAGGAGUCCGCGCACGGUGACGAUGCACUCAAUUCGCGACUCGGAGCUCGCACGCAUGCCCAUGACGCUCUUCCACGCGCUGGCUCUGUGGCAUCCACCGAUCACGAUCCAAAUAUCGCGGAUCCUCGCGCGGCGCAUGCGCACGGACAUGGACAUGCGUGAGACGGCGCGGCGCAUGGCGCUGCCACCGCACUUGGCCACGACGAUCGGGCGGGGACAGAGCACGCACAACUUCAAGACGGUGGCGGUCCUCCCGACAUCGUCCGAUGUGCCGAUUGCCGCCUUUACGCAGCAGCUGCAGGCCGCCUGCACGACCGUGCUCGCGGAGCCUGUCGUGGUCCUGCGACAGAGCACGGUGAUCCGCGAGCUUGGCCGGCAUGCGUUUUCGCGGAUGGGCAAGCUCAAGCUGGCCGGGUGGCUGGCGGACCAGGAGCAGCACUACCGCCUCGUGCUGUACAUGGUCGACACGCCUGCGUCGUCGUCGUGGGCUGCGACGGCCGUGCGCCAGGCCGACUGCAUCUUGCUCGUCGGGCUGGGUGACGAUCCACAUGCCGGUGAGCUGGAGCGCCUUCUCCUGACCAUCAAGACGACGGCCCGCAAGGAGCUGGUUCUCCUGCACUCUGAACGCAGCGUGUCGCCGGGAACGACGCGCGAAUGGCUCAAGCCGCGUCCGUGGGUCAGUGCGCACCACCACGUCGAGAUGCCGGGCAUCAAGGCGCCGCGGAUGCGCGUCAUGCGCGAUCCGACGCCUGUCGAGGCGAUUCGGACGUGGACGCAGCAGCUCAAGACGCGCAUCGCGCGCACAUCGCAUGCGCCGCAGCCGCGGGGCGCGCGGCCGGCGCACCUCUCCGACAUGGCGCGCCUCGCGCGCCGGCUGUGUGGCCAUUCGAUCGGCCUCGUGCUGGGCGGCGGCGGCGCGCGUGGAUGUGCGCACAUCGGCGUGCUCCGUGCGCUCGAGGAGCUCGGGAUCCCGAUCGACCUGGUCGGCGGCACGUCGAUCGGCUCCUUUGUCGGUGGCUUGUACGCGCGGGACGGCGCGGCGGUCUCGAGCCACGGCCGCGCGAAGCGCUUUGCCGGCCGCAUGGCGUCGCUGUGGCGCUUUGUGACCGACUUGACGUACCCGCUCGUCUCGUACACGACCGGCCACGAAUUCAACCGCGGCAUCUUCAAGUGCUUCUCGGACACGCACAUCGAGGACAUGUGGCUGCCGUACUUUUGCAACACGACGAACAUUACGUGGAGUCGGAUGGAGGUGCAUCUCAGUGGGUAUGCGUGGCGCUACAUUCGGGCGAGUAUGACGCUCGCGGGACUUGUGCCGCCGAUGAUCGACGACGGCGACAUGCUCGUGGACGGCGGCUACACGGACAACUUGCCUGUCUCGAUCAUGCUCGCGAUGGGCGCGCGCACCGUGAUUGCCAUCGACGUCAGCAGCAUCGACGACACCACCUCCCAGAGCUACGGCGAUACCCUCUCGGGCUGGUGGGUCCUGCUGAACCGCUUCAACCCCUUCAGCAACAUGCGCAUGAUCCCCAGCAUUCCUGAUAUCCAGACGCGCCUCACGUACACGACGUCCGUCAAAAUGCUCGAGUCCGCCAAGGCUAACGAGGCAUGCCUCUACCUGCGCAUGCCCGUCGAGCAGUACGGCACCCUCGAGUUCGGGCGGUACACCGAAAUCCUCAUGGCUGGCUACAACGUCGCUAUCCAGGCGCUCGCCAAGUGGCAGGCCGACGGCCGCCUCCCGACGCAUGCCCGCGGCUUCCCGACCGCGACCAAGUCUGCCGAGCGCGGUCUGCGCGCACGCCGAAAUAGCAUCUAG